AUGCCUCGCAUUCACCCAAAGGACUUUCUGCGAGCUCGCGCCAUCGACAAAGCCGUUCACUCACUGCUGCCAGUCUGUCGAGACUUGGCUUCUGCACGCAAUGAGCUACGCUGGUUACAGGACCAUGCAGUCCACCUCUCUCAGCGCUUAGGACAUGCAGACCAACAAGGUCUUCUCGCAGGCUUCGUGUCACGCCGUGCUCGUGGUGAGCCAUUGCAGUACAUUCUAGGCUCCGAGUUUGUUGGAGAUCUUGAGAUCAAGUGUCGUCCAGGAGUUUUGAUUCCCAGACAAGAGACCGCUGCAUCAGUAUCACAUCUCGCAAGACUACUCUCAAUACAACGUGAUAAAUGGGAGCAGAAGAUCAAGCCCGUCCGUGUGCUCGAUCUAUGCACUGGCACUGGCUGCAUACCUCUCCUCUUCCACCAUGAGUUCUACCAAAACGAAGCUCACGGAGACGUACCUCUAGAGCUUGUCGGUGUAGACAUUUCACCACAAGCAUUGAGCCUAUCUCGCGAGAACUUGCUGCAUCAAAUAGCAGAUCGAUCUCGUUCCAAACAACGCGGUCAUCUGAGUACCAGAUCCCUUCAGAGCAUAGCCUUUGUACAAGCCGACAUCCUCAAAGAUGAGAACUGGUCAAACGAGCCACCAUCUAUGCCAGAAGCCCUCCGCCGUCUGAGCGGCGACGACGAUGACGACGACGAAGAGAACGCAGAACUACCAACGUUUGACAUCCUCAUCUCCAAUCCACCCUACAUAUCCCCCAAAUGCUUCAAAACUACGACCCGUCGAUCAGUGCGAGACUACGAACCAAAAACGGCCCUCGUACCUCAGCACUCAAGAACAUCGUCACAAUCCGACGAGGCCAUCGGCGACACCUUCUACCCUCGCCUCCUGCAAAUCGCAAACCUCGUCAAAGCCAAGAUACUGCUCCUCGAAGUAUCAAACAUGGACCAAGCACGGCGAGCAGCUAGUGUGGCCAUUAAUGCUAGGGAGUGGGCCUCGGUGGAGAUCUGGCGAGACGAUCCAGCUCAUGACCAAGCUGUGACCGAGGAAACUGGCUUGGCAGGUACUGCAGUCAGAGUGCGAGGAUCAGGCCAUGGCAGGUCCGUUUUCGCGUACAAGGCAGAGGCGAACGACUGGCUGAAGGGGUAG